AUGGAUUUUAGAAUGAAUAACUUCUACGGCACCAUCAUUGAUACAUUUGCAAAGGGUAAUCAGUUGAGAACUCUUGUCUUUAAUGAUAAUCAUUUAGAAGGGUUGUUACCAAAAUCUUUGGUCAAUUGUACAAAUUUGGAAGUUCUUAACUUUGGAAAUAACAACAUAAAUGAUCUUUUUCCCCAUUGGUUGGAAGCACUUACCACUCUACGAGUUCUUGUCUUGAAAUCCAAUAGAUUCUAUGGUCCCAUAGGAAAUCAUAACAUUAGUGGGAUAUUUUUCCCUAAGCUACGAAUUCUUAACCUCUCACAAAAUGAGUUUAAUGGUCUUUUACCAAGAAAUUAUUUUGAAAACUUGAAUGCCAUGAUGAUUGACGAAGAAGGUAACCAUGAACCAAUGUAUUUGGGUAAAAGUUCUUAUUAUCAUGAUUUUGUGGUGGUGACCGUGAAAGGGUUGGAGAUUAAACUGCAAAGAAUUCUAACUAUCUUCACAACAAUUGAUUUUUCAAACCUUUCUUCAAAUAAGCUCACUGGACAAAUUCCUAUUCAAUUAAAAAGUCUAACAUUUUUGGCCAAGUUAAACCUUUCACAGAACAAGCUUAUUGGACCCAUACCUCUGGGCACGCAAUUUGGUACAUUUGAAAACAGCUCAUAUGAGGGAAACUUGGGAUUGUGUGGAUUUCCUUUGUCAAUCAAAUGUAGCACCGGUGAUCCAUUGCCACCACCACUACCAUUAAUAUUCGAAGAAGACAAUGAUUCGAUAUUUGCAAGUGGAUUUGGUUGGGAAGUCGUGUUAUUGGGCUAUGGAUGUGGAUUUUUGGUUGGAUUGGCUAUGGGAUGCAUUGUGUUUAAAGGAGGAACACCUCAAUGGCUUCUAAGGCAUCUAAUCUCUCAAUUUCAGCAAGUGAAGGUGAGCGGCGUGAGCCACUGUUUCAGUGAAUGCAACAAGUGUGCUGAUGACUUUAGCGAAGAAAAAGACCAGCCUUGCCUCUGA